AUGGAGGCGACAGCAGAAUCUCGAAGUAAGAGGAGGCACUCUGGCUCAGCGCAAUUUAUCCGCCCAAGCAAACAUGUAAAAGGCGACCAUUUCGAAAUUGAAUUCGAAGACACCACCGAAUACAACGACGAGGAUGCUGAUGAUGAUAUCAAUAUGUUGGCAGAGCAGGACCUCCUAGCAGCGCUAGAGCAAGCGCAGUCAGAACCAAGGAUGGUUCCUCACAUUGCUUCAACGGGGGACUCUGUCGAAUGGCAAAGAACUAUUGAGUCCGUCGUUAGGAAUGUCGUUUCGAUAAGGUUUUGCCAGACCUGUUCAUUUGAUGCUGAUCCUGCGGUUACGAGCGAAGCAACCGGGUUUGUAGUUGACAAAACUAGGGGUUUGAUUCUCACCAACCGGCACGUUGCUUGCGCGGGCCCAUUUUGGGGCUACUGUGUCUUCGACAACCAUGAGGAGUGCGAUGUAUACCCCGUUUAUCGUGAUCCCGUUCACGACUUCGGCAUCCUAAAGUUCGAUCCCUCGAAAAUUAAGUACAUGGAAGUCGGAGAGUUAACUCUACGGCCUGAUCUUGCUAGGGUUGGCGUUGAGAUAAGGGUUGUCGGGAAUGAUGCUGGGGAAAAGCUUAGCAUCCUCUCCGGCGUUAUUAGUAGGACAGACAGAAAUGCACCUGAUUAUGGCGAUGGUUACAAUGACUUCAAUACCAACUACAUUCAAGCGGCAGCUUCGGCGAGUGGAGGUAGCUCUGGGUCCCCCGUAGUAAAUGUGGACGGAUUUGCAGUUGCUUUGCAAGCAGGUGGAAGCACUGAAGCUGCAACUGACUAUUUCUUGCCCCUCGACCGUCCUCUAAGGGCACUUCAGUGUAUCCAGAAUAACGAAGCUGUCGCCCGUGGCACGAUACAAACGCAGUGGUUGAUCAAACCUUUUGAUGAAUGUCGCCGGCUUGGGUUGACCCCUCCUUGGGAGGCUGCUAUCCGACAGAAUUUCCCGAAAGAAAUCGGGAUGUUGGUUGCCGAAACGGUAUUGCCAGGGGGGCCAGGGUUCAAAUCAAUUGAAGAAGGAGAUAUUCUCAUAAAAAUUAACGACGAAUUGAUUACUAAAUUUGUUCGAUUAGACGACAUUCUAGAUAGUAAUGUUGGGAGUAACAUCAAGUUACUACUCCAGCGAGGAGGCCGAGACAUCGAAGUCGAACUAGGCGUUGGAGAUCUUCAUGAAAUCACACCGGAUCGAUUCCUCACUGUCUGUGGUGCCUCAUUCCACGAUCUGUCAUACCAACUCGCGAGACUAUAUGCGAUACCUGUGAAAGGUGUCUAUGUCUCAGAACCCGCCGGGACAUUCAGAUUCGAUGGUUCUGAUAAAGGAUGGAUCAUUGCAAAACGGUACAUUCUAUCUCUACCUGAUAACGCAGAACAUCCAUUGACCUUGCUCUCCCCUCCUCUCUCUUUCUCUUUAGACUCCACUGGGCUAUGGGAUUUCAAGGAAGUUGCAGACGCAUUGCCGCCCAAACCUCUUCAGCCAAUGUCUGCCCAAUUCGUCACGCUUGACAACCCUGGGUUUGCGGGAGCUUCUGACCUUGUCAGAAGUUUUGUUCGCAUAGCUUGUGAGAUGCCGUUGAAAAUUGAUGGCUACCCCCUCCCCAGAAAAGUCGGGUUUGGGGUCGUUGUCGACCAUGAAAAAGGAUUGGUUGUGGUUUCCCGAGCAUUUGUUCCAUACGACCUUUGCGAUUUAACACUAACAAUCGCCGAAUCAGUGGUCGUGCCGGGUAAAGUUGUAUUUUUGCACCCACUACAAAACUAUGCCGUUGUUCAGUAUGAUCCCACGCUCGUGCAAGCUCCUGUUAGAUCGGCGAAACUUAGCACUGAGAGCGUACGCCAGGGGUCCUCGACCGUGUUUUUUGGGUUCAAUCACAAUUUUCGCGUGGUGACCACGAAGACAACGAUCACCGAUAUAACAACUGUUGCAAUCCCAGCAAACUCGAUGGCACCCCGGUAUCGGGCAAUCAACCUGGACGCAAUCACUGUUGACACGAGCUUGAGUGCUCAAUGCGCAAGCGGGGUGCUCGCUGAUGAAGACGGCACCGUCCAAGCAUUGUGGCUGACUUACCUCGGAGACCGCGCACACGGUUCCAAGGAUAUCGAAUAUCACCUAGGCCUGUCAACACCAACAAUACUACCCGUUAUUCGACAGAUCCAAAGGGGUCAGAUACCAAAUCUCCGGAUCCUCGACGUCGAACUCCACACAAUUCAAAUGAGUCAAGCCCGUGUUAUGGGAGUAUCAGAAGAUUGGAUCAGAAAAGUAGAACAGGACAACCCCCAGAGGCACCAGCUGUUCAUCGUAAGGAAGGUUUCUUGCGGCCCAGUGCAGACCUUGGAAGAAGGAGAUCUGAUACUAACCCUCAACGGAAAAAUAAUGACGCGAAUAUCGGACUUGGAUGUCAUGUACGACCAUGAUGAACUUGAUAUUCAUGUCGUACGUAAUUGUGAAGAGCUUAGCAUCAAAGUUCCCACAGUCACAACCACUGAUAUUGAAACAAAUCGGGUGGUUGUCUUCUGUGGGGCAGUUUUGCACAGACCUCAUCACGCCGUACGACAACAGAUUAGUCAUAUGCACUCGGAGGUGUAUGUGUCAGCACGGUCGCGGGGGUCGCCAGCAUUUCAGUACCAGUUAGUGCCGACGAAUUUUGUCCUUGCCGUGAACGGAGUUUCAACGCCUGACUUGGACUCCUUCUUGAAAGAAGUUUCUAAAAUCCCCGAUAAUACUUAUUUCCGACUUCGUGUUAUAACUUUUGAUAACGUACCCUUUGUGAUCACCAUGAAAAAAAAUGAGCAUUAUUUCCCGACCAUGGAAUUUGUCAAGGACCCUUUAGAAGCUUGCGGUUGGCGUCGAGUAACCUAUGAACACGGAAAACCGCACUCAGGUUUAGAUACAGGAAUUCUGAGCGACAGCAUGGAUCAAGGCGUAGAUUGA